CUUGCCUUAUAAACGACUUAGAAUGCAAGCCAACCCUCUCUUAUAUGCAAGGACCAAACCAGUGUCACACCCCUCUCUCUCCCUCUCCCUAAGCAACUUCAACAAUCUCUCUCUCUCUCUCUGCCCUGGAUGAAGGUGGGCUCUAGUAAGUUGUAUGGGCUUCUCAUUUUCAUACCAUUGGCCUUGGCUUCUCUUCUUUUGGGGCUUCAGCUAUACCUCAUAAUCCAAAGGAAUGCCUCAAUCAAACUUAAUCGAGAAUUGGAGUAUGAAUGGGUGUUUAAUGGAUGCGAUGUGUUCAGUGGAAGAUGGGAGCUCGACCCUGGUUCCCACCCUUUGUUCAGGGAGGAGAGUUGCCCCUACCUUACUCAGCCGGUCACUUGCCAAAAAAACGGUCGCCCUGACUCUCUAUACCAAAACUGGAAAUGGCGCCCUCGCGAUUGCGAGCUGCCAAGAUUCGAUCCCUUGAGGUUACUGGAGAAGCUAAGGGGCAAAAGAUUGAUGUUCGUGGGGGAUUCGCUUCAAAGAACCCAAUGGGAAUCCAUGGUUUGUCUCCUGCAAUCGGCCAUUCCAGACCACCAAAAGUCCAUGGAUAAGAUUCCCCCCAUGCGGAUUUUCACCGCUAAGAAGUUCAAUGCUUCAAUAGAGUUUUAUUGGGCUCCAUUCAUCGUAGAAUCCAAUGCAGAUCAUGCCACAAAGCAUAGGGUGAAGUACAAACUUGUCAAUCUUCAAUCAAUCGAUAAACAUGGUCGCCAUUGGAAGGGAAUCGACAUCUUAGUAUUUGACAGUUACGUGUGGUGGAUGAGCAACCCUACCAUUAAUGUAUCAGUGGCGCCUUAUGAUCAAGUCCAAGAGUACAGUGCUCCAAAUGCUUAUAGAGUUGCCUUAAAUACUUGGGCACAAUGGGUGGACUCUCACAUUGAUCCCCACAACCAAAAAGUCUUCUUCAUGUCUCUUUCUCCAACACAUUUGUGGAGUUGGGAAUGGAGGGCAGGAAGUAGUGGAAAUUGUUACAAUGAAACCCAUCCAAUCCAAGGUUCGUACUUGGGUGUCGGCUCAAGCACUGAGAUGAUGGAUAUAGUGGUUAACACCCUUCGAUCGAUGAAUGUAGGGGUGACAUACAUUAAAAUAACACAAUUGUCAGAGUAUCGAAAGGACGCACACACUUCACUCUACACUGAAAGAGCAGGCAAGCUUUUGACAGCUGAACAAAGAUCAGAGCCAAACACCUAUGCUGAUUGCAUACAUUGGUGCUUGCCAGGAGUACCAGAUACAUGGAAUGAGAUUUUGUACACAUAUUUAGUUUAUCAUAAAUAAAACUAUGACAGCUCAAUAAAUUUCAACUACAUUUUUUAUAUCUCUAUCUCUUGAGCUUGAUGUCAAUGCAGCUCAAUCGAUAUUUAUUCA